GCGGCGACUGCGGCAAAGCGAGAGCCUUGGAGACGCAGCUGCCGCCAACACCGCCGGAGACCGGAGCCGACCUUAGGGGCUGUCCGCGGGCCCUGCACUGCCUCGAUGAGUCGGAGAAGUCCCGUUGUCACAGAGUAAGAUGGAUGGUAGCUUUGAUUGUGAUUGUGGUGAGCUGGAGCCACCUGAUCACUAACAAAAGACAUCUUCUGUAAACCAACAGCUGCCAGAGCUUUCUAUUCAAAUAAACAGUAAACAAACAAGGAGGAAAAGAAACAAAACUAACAUAGUGCUUACUGGCACCCUAGAAAUGAUGCUGCUCAGGACCAGUCCAACACUGAAUGUAUCUGCACUGUGAGGAGAAUGUUCAGAGAAGCCUAUCGUGUGCAUAUUUAUUCACUUUUUUGUUAAAUGUUAACUCGUUUAGCACAGUAAAGCUGAGUGCAUAGUAUGUCAUUUCAUUCCGUUUGAGUUUCUUGAGUGUUUUCUUUAAAUGUCUGCAGAGUUGCUGCCCCUAUCUUGAGCUAUGGAUACUGCAAUCUUUCUAAUUCUCAGUAUGAGUUAGAGCUUACAAGCUGUAAAUUUAAAGGGAACUCAACAGGCCUGGUUGGCACAUGCGAUGAGUAUCAAGAAACCAUCUUGCAGUGGAAGCAGAAUUAUUUUUCUCCCUUUUUGAAAGAUCUUUCUUUUUGAUGCCAGUUUCCUUCCGUGUUUACACAAGUUCAUCAUUUUGAAAGGAAAAAUAAUAUUAAGUUUUAAAAUGGCAGAAAAGUUUGAAAGUCUCAUGAACAUUCAUGGUUUUGAUCUGGGCUCUCGGUAUAUGGACUUAAAACCGCUGGGUUGUGGUGGCAAUGGCUUAGUUUUUUCUGCUGUCGAUAAUGACUGUGACAAAAGAGUGGCUGUCAAGAAAAUUGUUCUUACAGAUCCCCAGAGUGUUAAACAUGCUUUACGCGAAAUCAAAAUUAUUAGAAGACUCGACCAUGAUAACAUUGUGAAAGUAUUUGAAAUUCUUGGUCCCAGUGGAAGCCAGUUAACAGAUGAUGUGGGCUCUCUGACAGAACUGAACAGUGUUUACAUUGUUCAGGAGUACAUGGAGACAGACUUGGCUAAUCUGCUAGAGCAGGGCCCUUUAUUGGAGGAGCAUGCCAGGCUUUUCAUGUAUCAGCUGCUACGUGGGCUCAAGUAUAUUCAUUCUGCAAAUGUACUGCACAGAGAUCUCAAACCAGCUAAUCUUUUCAUUAAUACCGAAGACUUGGUGCUGAAGAUAGGUGACUUUGGUCUUGCCCGGAUCAUGGAUCCCCAUUAUUCCCACAAGGGUCAUCUUUCUGAAGGAUUGGUUACUAAAUGGUACAGAUCUCCACGACUUUUACUUUCUCCUAAUAACUAUACUAAAGCCAUUGAUAUGUGGGCUGCAGGAUGCAUCUUUGCUGAAAUGCUGACUGGGAAAACCCUCUUUGCAGGUGCACAUGAACUUGAACAGAUGCAACUGAUUUUAGAAUCUAUUCCUGUUGUACAUGAGGAAGAUCGUCAGGAGCUUCUCAGUGUAAUCCCAGUUUACAUAAAAAAUGAUAUGACUGAGCCACACAAACCCUUAACUCAGCUGCUUCCAGGAAUUAGUCGUGAAGCACUGGACUUCCUGGAACAAAUUUUGACAUUUAGUCCCAUGGAUCGAUUGACCGCAGAAGAAGCUCUGUCCCAUCCUUAUAUGAGCAUUUAUUCCUUUCCAAUGGAUGAACCAAUUUCAAGCCAUCCUUUUCACAUUGAAGAUGAAGUUGAUGAUAUUUUGCUCAUGGAUGAAACUCAUAGUCAUAUUUAUAAUUGGGAGAGGUACCAUGAUUGUCAGUUUUCAGACCAUGACUGGCCUAUACAUAAUAAUUUUGAUAUUGAAGAAGUUCAGCGUGACCCAAGGGCUCUUUCUGAUGUCACUGAUGAAGAGGAAGUCCAAGUAGAUCCUCGAAAAUAUUUGGAUGGAGAUCGUGAAAAGUAUCUGAAGGAUCCUGCCUUUGAUACCCAUUUCUCUACUGAGCCUUGUUGGCAAUAUCCAGAUCAUCAUGAAAACAAGUAUUGUGAUCUGGAAUGCAGCCACACUUGUAACUACAAAAUGAGGUCGUCAUCAUAUCUAGAUAACUUAGUUUGGAGAGAGAGUGAAGUUAACCAUUACUAUGAACCCAAACUUAUUAUAGAUCUUUCUAAUUGGAAAGAACAAAGCAAAGAAAAAUCUGAUAAGAAAGGCAAGUCAAAAUGUGAAAGGAAUGGAUUGGUUAAAGCUCAAAUAGCUCUUGAGGAAGCAUCACAGCAACUGGUUGAAAAAGAAAGGGAGAAGAAUCAAGGAUUUGACUUUGAUUCCUUUAUUGCAGGAACUAUUCAACUUAGUUCACAACAUGAGUCUACUGAUGUUGUUGAUAAAUUAAAUGACUUGAAUAGCUCAGUGUCCCAACUAGAAUUGAAAAGUUUGAUAUCAAAGUCAGUAAGCCGGGAAAAACAGGAAAAAGGAAUGGCGAAUUUGGCUCAGUUAGAAGCUUUGUACCAGUCUUCUUGGGACAGCCAGUUUGUGAGUGGUGGGGAGGAAUGUUUUCUCAUAGAUCAGUUUUGUUGUGAAGUAAGAAAGGAUGAACAGAUUGAGAAGGAAAACACUUACACCAGUUACUUGGACAAGUUCUUUAGCAGGAAGGAAGAUACUGAAAUGCUAGAAACUGAGCCAAUAGAGGAUGGCAAGUUUGGGGAAAGAGAAAGUGAGGAGGGUUUUCUUAACAAUAGUGGGGAGUUCCUCUUUAACAAGCAGCUUGAGUCUAUAGGCAUCCCACAGUUUCAUAGUCCAGUUGGUUCACCACUUAAAUCAAUACAGGCUACAUUAACACCUUCUGCUAUGAAAUCUUCCCCCCAGAUUCCCCAUAAAACAUACAGCAGCAUUCUGAAACAUCUGAACUAAAACACUCAGCAGACAGUUCUUUUUGUAUUCAUGAAAUGUGUUUUGUCUUUUUUAUUACUAGUAUAAGUCAUUUUUUACUUGAAUCAGACGGUGUCAUUUUAGUAUGGAUUUCAUUAGUUCUUGGUUUUUAAAAUCCAGAAUUACUUUCUAUACAUGAAAUAGUUUUCAUUUUAAACUGGCAUGUCAUUUGCACACAAAAUUAAAGAAUAGAGCAAAAUAAUGCAAUGCAGGAGGAGACAAAAGAAAUGCACUAAGCCAAGUAAAAACAUUCUCUCAGUAAAACAGUUAUCUGUUUUACAGGAAAAAAAAAAUCUUGCCUUGAAAUUUACACAGUGAGACUGUACAUAAUUGCAUGAAAAUAUCUAUUUUUUUCCUAAAACAUUUUUCAUUCAUGAGUAUUUUCAAGUUUUUUCAUACUGUACACAUUUCUUAAAACACAUGAUACCAGCAGCAACUGAAAAUGAAUGCCGAAUUUGGUACACAUGUGUUAUCUACCUCAAGGUAACAGAAGUAUGUGGCAAAACAUGUACCACCCAUAGUGCUUCACAAUAUGCACUUCUAUUUAGCCAGCGUUAUUAUAGUAACUUCUUAAUAAGAAUCAUUCACUGUUUAUAAGUGUUCUGGUAUGCAUUCUUUAUAGUGAAGUGUUAAUAUACCACAUCUUAUUUAUUUUAGCAAAUCAGUAUAUUUUCUGUAUUUAAUUAUAGAAAGUUAACUUAGUUUUUUGAAAUUUAUUUGCAAAUAAAGUUUUUCCAUUUGGCACUAUGGUUUGUUGCCUACCUAGCUGAAUAUUAUAACAUCAGCUUGUUCUGAGGCUGUCCACGUACUCAAUUUACUUAAGUGUUCAUUUUAAGUAAAGCGCUCACUGUGUAUAGGAAUUUGUAUUUUGGAGGUGCUUGAUCUAUCUACAAAGAAAAAUUAGGAAUUACUUUAUUAUAAAAUGCUCCUAGAAGUCUUAAUUGUGUUUAUUUUUUAAGAAAUUGUAAUGUUAGACUUGUGUGCAUGGACGUAAUUAAGGUACAUCAUUAUUGUAGGUUAAAAGUUGUAUAUGGUAAGACAUAUUUUGUUUUUACUGUAUGUUUUUACUGAAUGAUCUAUUCCCCAUCCCAAAGCAAGCAUGAAUAAAAUUAGGUUAAAUGUAAAAAAAAAAAAAAAA